AUGUUUACAAAAAUUUCUAUUUUUUAUCCAUAUAAUAUAAUAACCAUUGCUACUACUACUACUACUACUACUACUACUACUACUACUACUACUACUACUACUACUACUACUACUACUACUACUACUACUACUACUACUACUACCAAUACUACUAAUAAUAAUAGUGACAAUAAUAAUAGUAGUAUUAGAAGUAAUAAUCCCAGACUUUAUAAUCAUAUGUUAUUACAAUAA